CCCUCACUCAGUAUUGGUUUUCCUUUCGAGCUACUUAGUUGCGCUACGCCUUCUACCUCCUCGUACUGUUCUGGUUCCGACUUUGGUUUAUCCCCUUUUACUACGUCUUUUGGAUUACGGCUCGGCUUCUGUUGCUUUCUCCUAGUUUGGUUCUCUGGCUUCCCCUGGACUCUCGGCUCUCUCCUUUGUCUACGGUUUUGGAUUACGGUCUGGCUUUGGCUACUCUCUCCCUGUUUGGAUCACUGGCUUCCCCUGGACUCUCGGCUCUCCCCUUCGGCUACGGAUAUGAUCUUCCGGCCAUCCUCCCGGUCUGUGUAUGUGGCUCCCCGUCGCUGGCAAAUUCCUGUGAUGCUGCUGUUUCUUAUUCUGGUCUGCACAGUGUCUUCAGAAACCAGCCUUCGACAGAAGUCCCUGGACCUCAUGUCUCGGAAACGUCUCAUUGACGGGCACAACGAUCUUGCGCUGCAGUUAAGAAUUUUUUAUGACAACCAACUCAGCAAAACCGACCUGCAUCAUGUUAACCAGACUGCUACAGACAUACAUCGGAUGAACCUUGGUCAUAUUGGAGCACAGGUGUUCUCGGCCUACGUGAUGUGCACGGCGCAGGGGAAGGAUGCAGUCAGGCUGACGCUGGAGCAGAUCGACGUCAUUCGGCGCCUGUGCAGCGAGUACGAGGAGCUGGAGCUGGUCACCUCCUCCGCAGGCAUCAGGAACACAGAGAAGAUCGCCUGCCUGAUCAGCAUCGAAGGAGGACACUCGAUCGACAGCAGCCUGGCGGCCUUGCGCAUGUUCUACGAGCUGGGAGUUCGCUCCAUGGCUCUGACCCACAACUGCAACACGCCUUGGGCAGAGUCAUCCUCUAAGAAAUACAGUCAUUAUCAGAGAACAAACAACAGCCUCACAGCCUUUGGGAAGGAGGUGGUGAAGGAGAUGAACCGGCUGGGCAUGCUGGUGGACUUGUCCCACAGCUCCUGGGAGACGGCCAGGGCGGUGCUGCUGGUGUCCCGGGCACCUGUCAUCUUCAGCCACUCCUCUGCCUUCGCCCUCUGCAACAGCACCAGGAACCUGCCAGACGACCUGCUGCAGCUGGUGAAAGAACGGCGAAGCCUGGUAAUGGUGAACAUGUACAGUGGCUUUGUGGCCUGUGGAAAGAGAGGCAACAUCUCCAUCGUAGCAGAUCAUUUUGACCACAUCAGGAAAGUGGCCGGCGUGGAAGUACUAGGAAUUGGAGGAGACUACGAUGGAGCACAGAUGUUUCCUGUGGGUCUCGAGGAUGUAUCCAAAUAUCCCGCCCUGAUCGAGGAGCUCCUGCGGAGAGGCUGGUCUGAGGAGGAGCUGUCCGGUGUCCUCCGGGACAACUUCCUGCGGGUGUUUGAGGAGGUGGAGCGAGUCCGGGACGCCAGUACGAAAGAUCUGCCAGGCGAGACACAGGUCUCUCUCGCUGAAGCAGGGAAUUCCUGUCGCUUGGUUCUGCAGCCACCUAAGUCAGAGCCAUUAAGUAAAGGAGCACAGCCUCUCUUUCGGAGUUUUCUGCUCCCUGUCGUCUGCGGUGUGCUCUCUCUAUCCAUGGCAUAACUCAACCAGUUUGUACUGAAAAACUUUGCUUCUUUGCAUAUGAUUUCAUAUCCAGACCUUACCUCUGCGGAGUACUGCCUGAACAUUUCAUUUUUGUUCAUUCCGAAUAUGGUUAUUGCCUGUCACUCAUUGUGCACCUGCAGGUGUGUUAACAGCUUAACAAAAUAGCUUCCUCUUUGGACAGGAGAGUAAAUAUGACCAACCUGCUAUGUAGUAGUGAUCUUUAUUUUCACUUUUAGCUACAGGUUUCAAAAAUAGGUGCAGCCCUUAAAUGACUAAGUUCUAAGUUGGGCUCAAAAGCUUUUGAACAGUAAUAGCAGGAUGCAAUAUUGAAGUGAAUCCCUCAAAUUUUUAGUGUCAUGAAUGUGAUCCUAGGAAUGUUGGUGCUUUUAGUCAGGAAAUAUUAUUUUUAACUUAUCUGAAUAGACAUAUUUUGCACUUGUAUGACAUAGUAGUUUAUUAUUUGUAAUUUAAUUUUAUACGUAUUUUAUAUAUGUAGCAAUGUAGCCACGCUACCCUUUUACUAUACUUAAAGCUGACACGUGAAGAAUUUCCUGGCCAGGUCAGUGAUCCAGUAAAUCUGUACCAGCUGGAGCUGAAAGGUAUUAAACCUGCUUUACUGGGGUGAAACACUUUGAUGCUAUCAUAUUACUGGGGUGAAACAUCAAGCUGAUGCUACCUUGUAGUCCAUUAAAGAUCACUGUAGUCCAUUAAAGGAAAAUAAUGAUGUUUUCA